AUGUCCGAGGAUAUACAACGCCAGGCGUUAUUAAAGAACUUUCAGAAAGCAGGAAAGAUGUUGAAGAUCAAUGAAUCGGAUCUGGAAGAGGACCAACUAGGAGAAUUACCGUCUAUUACAAAUUCUACAAGAGGUAAUAGUUCAGCACUAAAGUCUAAGGAUUCAGAAAAUAACUCCGGUAUCAAUGAGAGGACCCAAGAGGAGAAGAAUAUUCCAAACUGGUCGAAUUUCUUUACUAAUAAUGAGACAGUUACAAUACCAGGAAGGAACUUUACUUUCAAUACCUAUUUCAAGGUUCCGAAGGAUUUGAAUGCUGAUCUAAAGUCUAUUCCGAUAUUUUUGGCACAUCAUGGAGCAGGCUCUACUGGAUUGUCGUUUGCGCCAUUAGCAAAGACGUUAGAAGAAGAAUUAGGGUCUAGUUUUGGAUUCUUUUCAUUCGACGCAAGAGGUCACGGACAAUCGAAACCUUUAGAUCCCUCUGCCGUGUCUUAUUAUUUAGAUGAUUUUAUUAUGGACUUUGUCGAACUCAUAGUGUGGUAUAAUGAGAAAUAUUUGAAGAGUUUUGAUCAGUCGAAAUUGUCGUUGGUAUUAGUUGGACAUAGUCUCGGUGGAAGUGUGUGUACAAACACAUUCGAACACUUACCGGAAUAUAUCAGAAAGAAAACUAUAGGUGUCGCUAUGCUAGACAUAGUGGAGGAGAUGGCGAAAUUUGUGUUGACUAAAGUGGAUCAUUUCCUUGCUAUUACCCCGAAUGUUUUUGGAUCUGUCAGUGAAGCCAUAGAUUGGUACCAGUCUCAUAACUACUCCAAAGUGAAAGAGAGUGCGGAGAUAUCAGUACCUGCUCUAUUUCAUAAGACUAAGAGCGGUAAAAUUGUACGGAUUACAAAUUUAGCUUCCUUCAAACCAUAUUGGGAUUCGUGGUUUAAUGGUUUAUCAGCCAAAUUUGUUUCUUUACCUACCAGUAAACUCCUCAUAUUGGCAGGUAAUGAUAACCUUGACAAGGAACUCAUAGUGGGUCAAAUGCAAGGGAAAUAUCAGCUCAUAGUAUUCCAAGACUCUGGCCAUUUCAUCCAAGAGGAUGUUCCUCGUAAAUGCGCUAUUUCUCUUGUUGAUUUCUGGAGAAGAAGCGACAAUAAGAACGUCGCUGUUAAAAGCAACUGGGGAGCUGCUAGUAAGAACCCUUGA